AGCAGCAGGAAGAGGGCGCAGAGUGAGUUUGGGUGUUGAUGAUGGUAGCUUUGUUCAGUUAGGAUGGGUUCUGUUCAUGAAGGGCAUUCUGAGAGUAACAGCAACAUCUCAGGGCUUCACUUUGGCAACUUUCUUUCUUUAAAAAGAAACUUCCUUUUUCCUGUCGUCCUCCGGACUUUUUUUUUCUGUGGUUAAAGUCGCUUCUACAUGCGAACAUUUGAACUAAUGCCUCAGAGGUGAACUCUGGUGGAGGGAUUGCCAUGGAAAAUGCACCAGGGAAAAGGCUUGACCGUGUACUGAAGAUGGAGUGCAAGGUUGAAGUUAUCGUGAACACUCAAUUGAAACAGAAGGACCCAAAAGAGGCCAUAACAAUUGCAAUCUCAGCCCGAGCUCUCUUUGAUAUGGAAGAAGAGCAUGAGUUAUUCUUGUCAGAAGGAGUAGAGGAGUUUGUAAACUAUCAGAUCACCAAUGAAUCCGUACCUCUGAAGGAAGGCAUUGUUUACCCAUUCAUCAAGGCGAUUCAGAUGGUAAAUAAUAAGUUACUGGCAAGAGAUCCUGAAGAAAAGCAACUUUUUGAAAUUAUGCUUCUGUCAACUCACAGUGCUGAAGGUGGGGUGCGGAUCAUUAAUAGUAUAAAUUAUUAUGGUUUGGAGAUUAGCAAAUUUUGUUUUCUAAAUGGAACUGAUCCUUCAAAGUACCUACAUUCACACAAUGUGAAGCUGUUCCUUUCAGCAUGUGAAUCUGCAGUUUGCAAUGCACUGAAAAAAGGCAUUCCUGCAGCUCUAAUGAUACAUCAACAGUAUCAGACAGCAGAGAGUCAACUGAAGGUGGCAUUUGAUGGGGACUCAGUGUUAUUCUCAGAUGAGGCUGAUGUUGUAUUCAGAGAGAAGGGUCUAGAUGGGGUCAUCAAGUAUGAGAAGGACCUGGAACAUGUUCCUAUUGGAGAGGGCCCUUUGAAGGAGUUUGCCAUGAUUCUUGGAGAGAUGAAAAAAAAGUUUAACCCAGAGAAUGACCCGAUCUGCACAUACCUGGUGACGGCGAGAAGUGGCAACGACCUGGGUAUACGAGCCAUUAAGACACUGCGUGACUGGGGACUCAAGAUAGAUGAAGCUUUCUUCAUGGCAGGAGCUCCAAAAGGCCCAAUUUUAUUCCACAUACAACCUCACAUUUUCUUUGAUGAUAAUGCACGUAAUAUCAAAGGGGCACGUGAAUAUGGAAUUCCAUCUGCCUUUGUGCCAAGUGGCUGUGAAUAGUUUGAAGUGGUACUUCCCUUUUCAUGGGCAGUGACAGCAAUAUUGGCUAGCAUUACAGGGUUAAUUUUCUGAUUGUUCACUCUAGGAGUAGAGCCUUGCUAACCAGCUUCAUGCACAGGCUGAGUUUCCAUCCAUUGAAACCACGGGCUGCAAAUGCACAAUUUGCUAAAUUGUGCUUCCAAACAGGUGAGGCUCCUCAGAAGAAGCACAUAUUUAGAAAUUUUACCCUUGUAUAUUAAAGCCUUCCAUCCCAAUGUAGACGGUACAAAUUAAUUUCACAUGCUGAAGGGUGCUUGUAAAAAUAUUAUGGGGUUUUUUUGACUCUUAGUGCCACUCCUGGGACUUGCAUCUUUCACCUUGUGAACACAAAAUUCACAAAAUUUCAUUUUAAACAAUCAAAACACUAGUGCUGCAGCAGAAAAUCAGUGUCCUGGUUGGUGGAAUUAAAAGCAGAAGUUUUAACAAGUUAAAGAUGCUGAUUUUCAACAUGUUUUAUGAACUUUGAUUUUAUUUUGUAAGUGGUAGAAGUUUUUUUGGCUCUUAUUUCCACCUCCUUUGUUUCCUGCAAUUCCAUUAAUUUGUUUCAAGCUCUCCUGAAUUUAAGCAGAACUGGAGAGUUGUACCAAAGUGAAUGGAAAGGGGUUGUAACUCUCUAGACUGGAGUUUGGUGUCAAAUUCUUGACUGCCUGGCUAAAAUUAAAAUAUUGUUUGUAAAGUUGACAAUUUUGGGAGAUCUUUUAAACGAUAAGCUGUUGAAGGCAUUUUAACUGCCUCCGGGGCAAAACAUGAGUUAAAAUUGAGCAACUGUUUUUCCUGCUUUGAUCCCACCCUUCAAGUGUUCAAAUGCCAGGUGGUUGAGUCAUCUGCCUGCGUCAGGGUCCUAUCACUAAGCUAGGACUAUGAGGCGAUUUUAAUGGCCUCCUGGCCAGAGCAACCAUCAUGGUCACACUGACCAAUGACUUCUGUGCCACAUCCAAUGAAGCCCCCAAUAGGUAAGCAAAAUGUUUUUCGUUGUGGGAUCAGGGCAACUCAUCCAAAUGCGUGUGACUUAUCUGACCAGCGACUUCUGUUUGUGGAAGGCAACUCGCCAAUGAAAAGUCAUCCAGGCCUCUCACAGACACCUGAGCAGAAUGUUUGGCAACCACACACCCCGUGCCUCCCAAUUCUGAUUUUCCACUGGGGUGUUAAAAGCUAUUCAGGUAUUAUCAGUAAGCCAGCACAAAGGGAAGAGAUCCCUUGCUGGAAGUGCGCUCUGUGGAGUUUUUUUUUAAAUGGUGACAGUUGCUUAUAUACAGAAUAGUUCCUCCUCUGUGGAGCCCUGUAUAUUCUCCAAUUUGCCAAUAAACAUUAAAGUUGGAGAAUCUGGUGAGCAGCACUACAUGUGGAACUCUUAUCAAUUUGCAGCUAUGCUAAUACAAGCAUUGGAAGGUGGACAGAUUCCAGGAAGGAAACCAGGCUUUGUUUUACAUUGCUGGAAUAGAGGGUGUGCAGGGGUCCUGCAACAGAGAACAUUUUCAAAGGUUAACUAAGAAAAACCACAAACUCUUCUUGGUCCAUCUACAGUGAAGUAUUAUGCUUAAAGAAUAGACCAAACAGCCACUAUGCUUCUUUAGCUGUCCUUGUUGGCCUCUGUGAUAAUAAUCUGUUAAUAUAGUUCAAUGUGUUGUCAUUUUAGAGCUCUGAGAAGUUUUUUAGGUGAGGGAUUUAAACAUUGAGUAUUUUCUUUCAUUUGUCUUCCUUUUACAUUUGUGAUGCUGACAAACUAUAUGUGUAAUUUAGGGAUUGGGAUUAGAGGCAUUUGAGGAUAAUAUAGAUGUCUUUGUAAUCUUUAAAGUUUGUGGUGCAACUUGAAUUAGAUUGGCAGUGGAAUCUAGGAAAUGAGUCAUGAUGAGAGACCAAACACAUCCAAUGUGCUCAACCCACAGGCUACUUGCAUUCCAGAAUAUGCCGAGCAUGCUGGAGGGACCACAUAGCUUACUCCUGCUCCUCUUUCUUAUGUUCUAUAUUGGCUUCAUAAAAAUAUGUACCUGAAUAUAAAAUGAGCCUUAUUCCUUAGCUUAGAUUUGUUUUUCUUUACAGAAGAUGUCCUUUUUUAAUAUAUUUACUGAUUAUUUACCCCCUCCCCCCUUAGUGGCUCAUGAGUUUAUAUACUGCAUGGGUGAGCCAUAUAGACCAGGAAAGCCCAACUUUGAUCUCUGUUCUGUGUUGAGUUAGAUGAUCUAGACCAGGGAUGCUGCAGUUUGCAUUUACUUGCCUGGAUUAGGGAGGAGGGCAUUGACUUGGGUUUCCUCCAAAUCACCAUCUGGUAACUCUUCCAAUGAGUGCAUAUGUAUGGAUGUCAUGUGAAGGAGGCCUGAGUCCUGGUUAUAUUCUCCUCAUAGACAAACGACUUGGCAUUUACUGUCUAUGUUUGCACGAAGAGAAUUAUUUUGUUUGAGGCAUCAGAUAGCUAUUGGUACCAAUGGAACCAUACUCUAGAAAGAAAGCAAUAUAUUCAGGACAGAGAAGGGAGAAUGAUUCCCAAUUGACCAUCACAACUGUUUCAUUAUUGCAGAAACUGCUAUAAGUGUGGAACUGAACUAACAGAGCACAUCCAAAAAUGCAUUUGAGCAUUACAACAUUCCAAGUUAUAUUCUUCCAGCUUGAGAACAAAUUCCCAACAAUGUAGUUGCUGAUAUUGUCCCUGCUGAAUGAUCACAACCAUUUUGUUUUGGAGAGAAAACUAUUGAUAAAUUAUAAAACCAAAGAGAUUUUUGGAUUUUCCUUAACUGCAAAGGUUCGCCAAUAUAUGCAGAGAAUUUAAGGCUCCACCCGCUGCACUCCUGUUUGAAUGGUAUCUCACCAGUCUUUGGUAUGUGAGAUUUUGUGUUCUUGUUUAUGCAAUGGCUGCUGCUAAUGAUAUUACAACCCUAUACUCUUGUGGCAGAAGGGAUGAAGGCAGAAAAAGUUGUACCAACCAGUCUGCCACUUCAGAAAGGCAACUUCUGUUGUUCAGGAAUUGAGAAGGUUUAUGUCCAAAGGCCGCAUGGUACCGUCCCAUCAAUUAAAGGUGAUGAUGAUUGGAAAAAUAGAAACGCAAUGAAACACUUUUUUAUUUUGAUACUGUUCCAACUUUCUCCCUGCAGACAAGACAUUGUGCCUAGAAGUUCUGGACCCUAUAGCUAGGUAUCACACUGCGAUUUUAAAACAAUAGCUUGCUUAAACAUAUCACUGAUGGCCUUUUUAGGUUUGAAGAAAAUUAUAUAAAAAUGCAGUCUGUAAUAUAGCUUGAAUUAUGUGAAAUAAAGGACAUCUUAUGAACCUUACAGUAUCUGAGAAUGUUAUAAGGAAAUACCAUACAGUAGAUUAGAUGGUGUCAUAAAUUGCAAGAUCAAAGCCAAAGUACCAACUAAUUUAGAUAAUCUAAAUUUCGAUUUAAAUCAGCAAAAAAAAUUGAGGACUUAGUUCCACAGUCACUAGGAUUGAAUAUUUAAUAAGGCUGUGGUUAAAUUGUAACUAUUAAUCUUCGUAAGUAUGGAUCUUGUAGAAAAAUAGCACUGUAAAUAUGGGUAAUGGAGAUCUUAGAGGAUAAUAACACAUCCUGUUUCUAAAGUAAAUAAAGAUCUUGUAGGAAAAUGACACAUGCUAUGUAUCUAACAGAGGAAUAGCAAACCCUCUAUACAUAGGACUGGGUAAUAUCGCACAUUAGCCCAGAAAUUCCACUGGUUCAUGCGAUGGAAUUAGGAUGCUUAGCUGGAAAAUGGUGUUUCUGUUCCUUUAUAACUGCGAUCUUGAACUCCACUUGAGGAGGCAGGCAAUUCUCUGCUCUAUACUGGUGUUUUCUUGGGGAGGUACCUUUCCUGAGCUGCCCCAGAGAUACUGCCAGAUAAUUCAAGUGUCUCUGUUUAUAAGAAAUUGUGUGCUAUGUGGGCCUCACUCAGAACAAAUUUUAGAACAGUUGACCCUAGAGGGAUUGUUAUAGCUUGAAUCUAGGGCCUACCAUGAAGAAUCUAUCCUGAAAGUCUUUAAAAUUCUUCCAUUUGUUGGCCAGAGCAGUCUUGAUCCUUUCAUGGAGAAGUGAGGGGCUGCACCAUCAUCCCAUCACUUCAGGCGAGUGGCCACCCCUUUAUGGGUUACCUGGAGAGUGAACAACCAGCCUUACAAAUUAAUAAGUCCACCUGCAGGAUUUGGGAUAGGAUAAUGGAGUAAGUGGAUUAAGUUCUGCCCAGUCUAGGGAUGCACCAUCAAAAUCAAAUAUACUGUCAUAUAUUUAUAAUGGUGGAGGAGUAGCACAUUUUGUAUGCACAUAAUAAGAAUACAGCGCAGCCUAUAUUUUGUUUCACAAAGAGGAGUGAGGUGAGAAUUAUUUUUUCAGUAUCCAACUGGGCUUUCAUCCUUUUAAAUAAUGUAGCCUGAGUCAUGUUUUCCUAGCCAAUGUUAUUGGGAAUUAGGUUUCAAUUGUUGCCAAUCAGGGCUGAAAAGCUCAUUCUUGAGGAUUGGGUUCCAUGCAAAAUGUAAUUUAGAUUAAGCUGUAUUUAAUCAAAUUAUGCAACAAUAUUCAAUACUAUUAUAAACUAAUUAUGUAAGCAGUAUAGUUCCUUAUUCAGAAAACUUUGUCCUUGCACUUAUAUAAAGGCAAGAAAAGACCAGGUGGUUUCAUCAAGCUGUUUCUCCUAGAUCUGAGAUCAAUUCAGUUAUAUUCCGAUUUAUAAUACAUUAGCUUUUUGAUGGUAUUAUGUAAAAUAGUUGGGAAAUGGCUAGGGGCCUAGAUUGCUAUUUAUUCUGUACUAUACAAAAAUGAGCUGAUGAAUGCUGUCAACAUCUACAAUAAACCCAACAGGUUUUGCAAAAUGCUGUUGUUUUUGUGCUCUUUCAAGCCUGUAAUUGCCUUCACCUUGCUAUGGAGCUGUGUGUACAGUGGAAGUGUAGAGGCUUUGAAUGUAUCAACUUAUCACAAUAAACGUAUCAAAUUUU